AUGCUCCAUGACUUGCUCUCCUCUAACUCGCACAGGGCCGAACUCCUCCCUUACAUCUACCACGAGCGUUCCUCGUCCCCAAACUCUGACGAUUGGGGCCAUCAUGCGAUUAACAACCUCUUGCAACGAGCUGCAUUUCAACCGCAAGAUCUGGCUUUGAUCGCCUGUGACUCCCACCCUGAGCCAGACGAAGACGACGACGAUGACGACGACAACGAGGACAUCGACGAAGAAAAGUGGCUCACACAAGAUCGUCGGAAUGAGGCAUGGAAAUGUCAUGCGCCAAGCAGGUAUACGACCCCAACAGGUACAUGACGGUUCUUCUACGCGGUUGUAGAUCCCUGUUCCUGAGAUCGGCGCAAUCCUGGGGGUCUCGUCUCGGCGUUCGAACGACAAUGCUGACCGACUGGUAGCUGCCUCGCCACCUCGACUUUGAUCAGUGAUGAAAAAGACUGCGGGGAAGCACCACAUAUUUUUCAACUCUUCUUCUGAUUUUGAAGUGUACAAGCGUCAUCCAGAGUAAGUGAUCUGGCUUCCGUGACCGGAGGAGAGGGCGGAUGAUCAAAUCGACUUGUGGUGAUCAUGAUUCCCGCCGACUCGAUCUGACCCGCGCGCUCUCCUUCGGUGCCCGACUUGCAGGGUGCUGGAUGCCUUCAUGUUGACGAACGAGUCUCAUUGGAUCACGAUACGGUAAGAGCUCUGCAUCAUAUACCGCUCUUUUCCACCUCUAGCUUUACGCUGAGUCGAUGAUGACUCCCUUGGCUCAGGCGUUUCGAAUCGUCAGAGUGGUUCUACAACCUCGACUCUCGCCUCCCCCAACCUGGAUUGAUCCCACGUACCGAGCUGAGACAGACCCUUAGGAUGGCGAAAGCAAGUGGUGAGUUUCAAUAUCUCUCACCAUGGGCCCAUCCCAGUCGUUGACCACAGACUUUCUCCCAAUAGGCUAUACCGUUUUUGUCUGCGAACCGACGCUCGUCUCUGGUUUUCCACCAUGUGGCGGCGGCCAGGCAAGCACGUCAAACCUCAACUGGAUGGGCAGACUGCCGGGAUCAACAUCGACUUCCCACAACACCCUUGCGAUGAACGGUCACCUUGACCCCAAUCUCGACCCCCAACCCAACGACCCGCGCCGAUCGACAAUCUCGAGCAAUGGCAAAGGGAAACGGCGCAUGAUCGACGAGGAGGACUUGACGGAUGAGGAUGGCGAUGACGACGACGUGAUCAUUGAUGAUGGAGACGCCGACGAAGACGACGACAUCAUCAUUGUCGAGGACUCUGAUGGACAAAACGGAGGAGGAGGAAGAAUGAACCCGUCGACGAAACGAACUCGAGGGGGAGAAGCCAAACGCAAGAAACGACGUUCCAAUUAUGGUGGUGGAGUAGGAGACGAUGGAGCAUCGUCGACACCACCCACGAACAUGGCAUCGACCUCGAAUAGCACCAUUUCGGCGGCGCCUACGCGAAAAGAAAUGUCCGAAGAGGCUCAGAUGAGUCGAGCGAUCGCCGAGUCGAUGAAAGCGGCAAGGGAGAGCUCGACUUCGACGUCGACGUCGAAUCAACACCCUGGCCCGAGUUCCGAGACGACCGAGGACCUGGAAUUGCAACGGGCGCUCAAGGCAAGCUUGUUGGAUGAUGUCGAAGUCGACGAGGAUGACCAUGCACUUGAUGAUACCCCUUCGAUGGAGGAGCUAAGGAGGCGGAGGAUGAAUCGGUUCGCGCUCCGAUGAGGUCUCGAGGGCGGGCUGGGUCGGGUCGGCAUAUGAGGCCAAGAUUCUGUUUUAGCAAAUGCAUUUCGUUCUUUUCUGACGCUCUUUCUACUUGCAAUUGUUAUAUCUCGCUUUGUCAGUCUUUGUACCUAUCUCUCUUUUCAAUCCCUAUUGCGCGAUAACCCGGGCCUCGGACGACUUCGGCCCGGGCUCCUCCGGUCUCACGCGAUAGCGUACGAUCACGGAACGGCCGACCGAGUUUACGUUGACACCGUUCCUACACUAGCUACCGUCUCGAGAUCGACUUGCACCUCGACAAACAUGCUGCUCGAACCAUCAUACCUUCCCCUAAAUCUCGGACCCUCUUUGACGACCCACCCAUCCACGUGCUACUACGCACCAGACUCGUUCCCGUCGCCGUCGUCGCCGGAUCCGCCGUCGUCGAGUUGCUCGAUCGAAGCGCUAGUCAGGACGGGGCUCCGCCCGUUCCCCGUGCGUCACGUCACUUCAACGACGACAUGGCGUCUUCAAGUCGUUGAUAAAGUACCUGUAAAGUCGAUCGAGCUGGGGAGUAUGAGGACGAGCGAUUUGGAAGGCGUCAAGGUGUUGCAUGUGAGUCGGACUCCUCGAAAGCAAGCUGGGGGCAAUCCGGGGUCGGGCCCCAGUCAUCUGGUCUCGGAGAUUGAAGCGAUCGCGAGGAGAUGGGUUACGGCUAUCCCCGGAGGGCACAGAGCUCACCUGGCUCCCUCUCGCACCUGCCUCAGGAUUUGAAUCUACCUCUAGUGUACCCAACAUCUUUCUAUACACAUCUAUUGAUCUCGCCGUUGUUGAUGUGCCUCGUCGCUCGGCCGUCCCCUCCAGCAAGCUCCGUGCCACGGGCACCGGCAAAUCAUUUCCCUUUAUCAACCGCGGCAUGCUCCCCAGUAGGAUGCAUCUCGGCGCAGGUCUUCGAACCUUUCAGAACCACCUCCAUGCUACCCAUCCCGACCCUUCAAGUACUCUCGCUCGUCGUCGAUAGUUCAUCACGGAGAUCUGGCCUGGCGCGAAGAUUAUUCAAAGCUUUGCUCGAUCAAGCCUUCCGAGAAUUGUCGACCGGUUCGACGUCUUGCGAUCAAGUCUAUGUCAAGCUGCACCUGCUGGAACGCAACGAUGCGGCGAUCGCGUUGUAUCGUGAUCUGGGUCUAGCCGAGACUGCGAGGUGUAAGAGGUAUUAUCAACGGCUGGGAGAGGAUGCGAUCGAGAUGAGCGGGGUUGUACGGCUCUGA